AUGACAUCGAAAUCAGCGAGAAGUAAAAAAGCACGAUUGACCGACUGGCAAUUAUUUACCAAUAAUGGAAAUUUUAAUAAUCCAUUACCUCCUGAUAGACGAUUAAAUAAACGAUAUCCAUAUUUUCUAGACGAUGUUGAUACUGACAGUGUACGAAUACGUUGUAGAACAGCAAGGAGUCGAAAUCAAUCAGCAAUAAGCACAACUACAAAAAGAAUCUUAAGUGCACGAUCAAUCUAUUAUCAACGUACACCAAGAGUAAAACCAAUUUAUCUUGAUCUCAACGAAGAAUCUGAUCAAAUUGGUGUAUAUUCAUCAAGAAAAUUAGGAACAGGUAGAACACCAACAGCUUGUUCACAACGUUCACACAUUUGGGAACCUCAAGCAUGGUCAUUUUCUUAUCUUCAUCGAGCAAUAAUUGCCAUUGAUGAACAAGCUAAAAAAGAUUAUUUAGCUGGUCGCACAAUGCAUGCACUUGCAGCAUGGCAAAAUGCCCUUAUCUUUUGCGAACAAUUAACUCAACGAACACAAUUAUGGCCUGAAAAUAAAGCUCAACUCGAUGAAGAAAUAGCGACGUUGAAACGCACAUACAGGAAAUAUAUGGAAGAAAUUUUGAGAAACAAUAAGAAUAUUCAUCAAAAUCAAAUAUUGGUACCAACAAGAAAAUGUCCAAUGUGUCGAAUAGAACAAUCACUCGAUCAAUUUCAUGAACGAUUUAAUAAUGAUUGUCGACAUGUUGAACGUACCAUCUGUGAUAAAUGUAUUUAUAAAAAUGCUAAAUCUCGACUUGAAAAUUCGUCUAAUAUUAAUAUGACUUGUCCAGAACCAAACUGUACGGCAAAAUUAAAUCUAAAAGAAAUUGAUCAAAUCAAUGAGACUCUUAAUAAAAUUGAAUCGGUUGAAAAUUCUGAUGAUAAUUCAAAGAGUCAUACUCAGGAACGAAAGACCGAAUUUAUUUGGUGUGCUCAUGAACAAUGUGGUUCAGGACAAUUUCAUGUUUUAACUGAAAAUUCUUCUCCAAUGGUAACAUGUCUUUUAUGCAAACGACAAACAUGUGCUCGACAUCAUCUUAAAUGGCAUAAAGGUCUUACAUGUCAACAAUAUGAUCAACAACAAGAACAACAAGCUAUUGAAAAUGCUCAAAAACAAUGUCCCAAAUGUAAAUAUAUUAAUGAAAUAGAUCGAAAUUCUCAUUAUAAAAUAUGUUCAAUGUGUAAAUAUGAAUAUUGUUCAGAAUGUAAAACAGAUUAUAAAGAAAUUCAAGAGAUUGGUCUUCAUCAUCAUAAACCUACAUGUAGUCAUUAUAAAAAUAAUACCAAAAAGACAACAACUAAAUCAAGUGCUUGUACAAUAUUAUAA